AUGGCGGGAGUUAUGUAUUAUAAUGAAAACGAUUCGUUAAGCACUCACAGUUUAUCUCAGUCCGAAGAGGAAGAAGAUGAAUACGAAAUGUUUGGGGGUGUGGUGGGCUACCAGUUCGAGUGCACAUGUUUAAGAUGUUUGCCCAUGGCUACAGUGACAGAAAGCUGCUGCUGCCUUGAACGACCUCAGAUAGUAAAGAAGGUGGAGGAGAACAUAGAUAUGUUUCCUGAAAAUGAACUGGUGUGCAUUACUAAGCACCCGGGCUUCAAGGCACUUCUAGGUGCUGGAGGUAGCAUAUCUACAGUACAAGCAGCAAUAUCAAGGAGAGGGCAUGGUCUCUGA